CUUUGUUGAUUUCAAGGUUCUUUCCCUCCAAACUGUGGAUUAUGCUAAGGACUUGAGGCUUCUCAAGUCAAUAUUAAUCAUAUCCAUUGUUUAUGAAACAAACUUCAUUGCUACAGUCUUGGACUAGUUUACUUUCUUCUCAUUCAAAUAAUCCUAAUAAUCAUGUAAAUACUUUAAAUUCUUCUUCGAAAACCUUUAAAUCAAUCGAUUCUGACGAUGAUGAUGUUUUGGCUAAUGUUCUGGAUGAGUAUAAUGAUAAUCCACAGUCCAAUAUUAGUUCACAUGUGAAUGAAAGUCAUGAAAAUGAACAAUUCAUUAAUGAUGCCUUGAAAAGACCACCGGUUUUAUAUCAGCCUACAGCUAAUGAUUCAGAACAUUUGGAAGGGUUUGAUGUUGAUGCUGGCGAAACAUGGAUUUACCCGACUGAUGCAAAUCUACGCAAGUAUCAGUUGAAUAUUAUUGAACAAUGCUUGUAUAAAAACACACUUGUAUGCUUACCUACAGGUCUGGGAAAAACAUUUAUUGCUGCUGUGGUUAUGUACAAUUUUUUUCGAUGGUAUCCAACAGGAAUAUCUGUUUUUAUGGCACCAACUAGACCGCUUGUCACACAACAGUUUACUUCAUGUUCAGAUUUUAUUGGCCCUUUUCAAGACAGUAUUAUCGAGUUAACUGGAUCGAUAGCACAACCUAAAAGAAAAGCAAUCUGGUCCACUUAUCGAGUUUUAUUCCUGACACCUCAAGUGUUGAUGAAUGAUUUACAAGCUGGUGUAUGUCCUGCUAAUUCUAUACGUUUGCUUAUCUUUGAUGAAGCACAUAAGGCAACAGGAAAUCAUGCCUACUGUCAGAUAUUACGAAUCCUAACAGAUCCACCAUACAAUCAUAGACAGUUUCGAAUUAUUGCACUGUCAGCUACGCCUGCUUCUGAUAUUGAAGGUGUACAAACAUUGAUUGCCAAUCUACUCAUAUCUCACCUUGAGCUUCGAACUGAUACUAGUGCUGAUGUCCGACCUUACACUCAACAUCGGCAAUUAGAGACAGUAGUUGUUCCUCUUGGUCCAGAGUUAACACGAUAUUAUAAUCAAUUGAUUGAAUGUAUCCGUGUGCCUCUUGAUAGACUUAGUGAACGUGGAGCUCUAUCACAGUGUGUUGGAGAUCUUCGUCCAGAAAAACUAGCCAAAUAUACAAUUGUCAAGGCAAGGGAAGAUUGGUGUUCAAAAAUGUUACCUAGUGUUACUCCAAUGGAAAGCAGUUCAAUUCAAUGUGAUUUCGGUCUAGUUAUCUGCUUGCUUCAUGGUUUAGAAUUAUUGAUUCAGCAUGGUUUACGCCCUCUUUAUCGUUAUUUAGAGGGUGUUUACUCUGGAAGUCGAGCUAGUCCACUGGUAAGAAGUCAACUUAACAAACUGCCGCAUAUGAGUUAUCUAUGGACAGAACUGGCCCAACGAUUCGGUAUGAAUGUAGAAUGUGCUGAUGGAGUGUGGAAGCAAGAAUGUAUUGGUCCAGAGUUACUGCAUUCUCAGGCACCAUUUGUGGCAGGUCAUCCGAAGCUGGAUAAAUUAAAAGAAAUUUUGUAUAGUCAUUUUCGUUCAUAUGAUAAAACGAAUGUAUGUGAAAAGAAUUCAACACGCGUUAUAGUUUUCACUCAAUUUCGUGACUCAGUUGAAGAAAUUAUGCAUAUGCUCAAACAUCUGAGACCAUUGAUUAGACCAGCAUCAUUCAUAGGGCAAGGAACAAGAGUAGGUGGUAGUCCUUCCAUAAAUAAUCAAGGUGAUUCACCCAAAAUAGCCACUCCACGACUUCCGAAUGCACAAGGUGGGAUAUCACAACGUGAUCAAAUACGUGUGAUGGACGCUUUUCGGUCAGGUGUUUAUAACACUCUUGUAUCCACAUGUGUAGGUGAGGAGGGUAUUGACGUUGGACAAGUUGAUUUAAUUGUUUGCUUUGACGCCUCCAGGUCACCAAUACGAUUAAUGCAACGACUUGGUCGAACCGGUCGGAAACGCUUAGGACGAAUAGUUGUGUUGCUUACAGCAGGUCGUGAAGAAAGAAAUCAUGCUAUAAGUAUUGCAAAGACUUCUUCUGUCCAUAAAGCUUUGCUUGAGGGAGACGCAUAUCGUAAACUUGCAUUUUAUCCACAUAAUCCCAGAAUGGUUCCACUCAGUGUUCAGCCUAAACUUCAUUUCAAAAGCUUACAAGUAGAAAAGAAACUUGUGGAUAAGAUAUCACCGCGAAACCGAUCAGUUGUCCAAAAAAAGAGUUUACGCGAAAAUAUGUACAAAUUGCACGCGGAAUCAGUUGGCUUAGAUCAACUGCCCAUUAGGUUACAUGCUGUUACAUCAAGUCCCAUCCUUUACCUAUCGAAAUCAGUUGCAACAGACAUUCCUAAAUCUAACUACCCAACAAUCACAGAUAUGUACAAUUUAACAUCUGAUGAAAGACUAGACGCGUUCAGAGAAACUAUGCAGUCUACUCUUGUUAAGCAAUCCAAUGUUGGCUCAUCUUCUUCAUCUCAACAUCUAAUGUCACUUCUCCGAUUGGUAGAUUUUCAUCGUCGGGGCCUUACUCAACUGUCUUAUCAUGCUCUUGGCCUACGGAAUGUCGACAUUGAAACGAAUAUGAGCAGAAUAAUUAAAACGGCACCUUUAUCACAGAAUAGUCAAGUGAAAUCACCUAGCUCACCGCAAGAAAAGUGUACGCCCUCUUGUGACAUACUUGUCGCCAAACCCACCAAUAUUAAUACUGAUUGUAAUAUGACUAACUCAAUAGCAGAAUUUGUGCAUUGCCUUAAGGCAAUUAGAGGUUUGGUGUCAAACGAAUUAUUUAUUGACCCUCGUAUUAGUGAUUUUAACGACUGUACAGAAGAGUGUAGUCAAAUACUUAAUAAUCUACACGAUAGGAAAUAUGUUAUUACAGUUAAAUCUCUGGAAGCUGGAUUAAAUAAAUGGCUAGCCAGUAUAGAUGAUCAAAAAUGUAGUUCCCUCCUAGCUCCAUUAAGUCCACAAUUGGAUCUUAAGCUGAAUUUAGAAAAUAGUUUGCUUGAAGCUAUUAAUACAGAAAUACAACUUCCCGGUGAAAUCCACUCAUCUGAUGAACGUACCACAACCAAUUAUGAAUAUGUUGAAGAACCAAAGACAACAACAAGUCCACUAAAAACCGAAACUUCACUUCCUAAUACUGUGAAAGAUACUACUGAGUCAUUUAACCUACAUAAGACUCUAAGCAGCAUAGCUCGGAGUACUCCUUUUGUCCGAAGAUCUGUCAAGGGGACUUCGGUUGCUUCAUCUAGUCAAGUUACUUCCGACGAGGCUUUAGCUUUACUGGAAAAUUCGACUAUUCAUUUAGAUGCAUCAGGUCUGCUAGAGGAUGAAUCAUUUGCACCAAAUAAUGGCUUCCGAAGCGCCGUUUUUACUGGUCCAACAUUCCAAAAUGUUAGUGAAUUUUACAAAUCAACUGAUCUGUUUACCUUUGAAACAAAGCUUUCCUUGGGUGAAGAACUAGACGACGUUAUUAAGCCUACUCAAGUACCCCAAAUUGCAGGCGAUUGCAACAAUGCCGAGACGUUGAAAUACGACGACUUUUCAACCGCUUCUAACAGUUCUUUUGAUUCACAGAUCAACUGGUCACCAAUAGAACAGGUGACAGAAACGCUAAAUACGCCGAACAUCUUAUAUUCUUCAUCGCCAAUAAAAGAAACUGUAGAACAUUCCUCAAUCAGUCGAGUUCACAAAGAUAGCUUGUCAGAAAUUUUUCAUGAAAAUUCUAUUCAGUCGUCAACACCCGGCAGAUCAACAAAAGAGAACAAAAUCAAGAGCGAACAUAUGCAUCGUAAGUUCUUCUUAUCACAAGCUGAAUGUCCGAACAAUGAGUCCUCUGAUCAGCUUCAUUCUAAUGACCAAGACACGUAUGAUGACAGCUUCAUAAACGAUAACUCUGAGAGUGGCAAUGGUGACUCAUCUCAUGUAAAUACAUCUGAUAUGAUGAAGGUGUACCUUCAAGCUAUUCGCAGUCCACAAUUGUUUCCAGAUAGUUUUAAAAGUCCACCAACUAAAAUCACUUUCAUUUCGCCGAAAACUUAUGACAAAGGUAGCAUGAAGAGAAAUAACUUCAUCUUUUCACAGACACCUGAACAAGAUGAAUAUGAGUUGGAUAGCUUCUGCGUAGAUGACAAUGAACCCUUGAUAUUUCAAAAUCCCAAGUCAACUCCGCCUGCCCCCAAACUAAGGAGACGCAUCCGAACUGGCACGCAAAUCCAACAGUCUUUCGUCUAAAUGUACAUAGAAAACAAAAUU